AUGGAUGGCUCAGACAACCGCCUAUUCCGCUUCUCGAAGCCUGAAUGGCUCAACAACUCAACUGUGCGCAACUCAGGUGUCUACGCAGCAGGCGCAUUGGUAAAGUUCCCAAUCUAUCAUUCCAUGGCAUCCCUCUUCUCUCUUGGGUUCUUUUUCUUGAUCGAUGCCGCGGCGUUCUCGCACAGCUACCGCAACGACUCGGACGUCCACGUCAAGUUCGUCGACUGGAUCCCCGGCAUUUGCUCCGCGCUGGGCAUGCUCGUCAUCAACUCGAUAGAGAAGUCGCGGCUACAAGCCGAUAGCUUCAGUUACAGUGGGAAUGGUGUCGCGUGGAAGGCGCGAUUUGUGCUCUUCCUGGGAUUCGCACUGCUUGCUGGGGGCUUGGCGGGGAGUGUGACGGUUAUGGUCCUCAAGUACCUUCUCAAAGACUACGAGUUGUCGAUUUUAUACUUUGGGAUCGCGAACGUUAUUUCUAAUGGGCUGAUUAUGCUUAGUUCGAUUGUUCUUUGGGUUUCUCAAAACAUUGAAGAUGACUACACAUAUAACCUUGCGCUGUAG